UCGGCUCUCGCUCGGCCUCCCCCAUCCCCCGGUAACGGUCGCUGGUGAGUUUAAAUGAGCCGGGGCUGGCCGGGCCAGAGUCGCUACGGGGGGGGCCUGAGGCACUGCAGAAAGUGGGCCUGAACCUCCAGGAUGACGGUGCUGCAGGAACCCGUCCAGGCUGCUAUAUGGCAAGCACUAAACCACUAUGCUUACAGAGAUGCAGUUUUCCUAGCAGAGCGACUGUAUGCAGAAGUACACUCAGAAGAAGCCUUGUUUUUACUGGCAACCUGUUAUUACCGCUCAGGAAAAGCAUAUAAAGCAUAUAGGCUUUUGAAAGGACACAGUUGUACUACACCGCAAUGUAAAUACCUGCUUGCAAAAUGUUGUGUUGAUCUCAGCAAGCUUGCAGAAGGGGAACAGAUCUUAUCUGGUGGAGUGUUUAACAAGCAGAAAAGCCAUGAUGAUAUUGUUACUGAGUUUGGUGAUUCAGCUUGCUUUACUCUUUCAUUGUUGGGACAUGUAUAUUGCAAGACAGAUCGGCUUGCCAAAGGAUCAGAAUGUUACCAAAAGAGCCUUAGUUUAAAUCCUUUCCUCUGGUCCCCCUUUGAAUCAUUAUGUGAAAUAGGUGAAAAGCCAGAUCCUGACCAAACAUUUAAAUUAACAUCUUUACAGAACUUUAGCAGCUGUCUGCCCAACUCUUGCACAACACUAGUAUCUAAUCAUAGUUUAUCUCACAGACAGCCUGAGACAGUUCUUACAGAAACACCCCAGGACACAAUUGAAUUAAACAGACUGAAUUUAGAAUCUUCCAAUUCAAAGUACUCAUUGAAUACAGAUUCUUCAGUGUCUUAUAUUGAUUCGGCUGUAAUUUCACCAGAUACUGUCCCUCUUGGAACAGGAACUUCCAUAUUAUCUAAACAGGUUCAAAAUAAACCAAAAACUGGUCGAAGUUUAUUAGGAGGACCAGCUGCUCUUAGCCCAUUAACCCCAAGUUUUGGGAUUUUGCCAUUAGAAACCCCAAGUCCUGGAGAUGGAUCCUAUUUACAAAACUACACUAAUACAUCUUCUGUAAUUGACGUGCCACCCACCGGAGCCCCUUCAAAAAAGACUUUUUGUGUUUUACAGUCUGUUGCCAGAAUCGGCCAAGCUGGAACAAAGUCUGUCUUCUCACAGAGUGGAAACAGUCGAGAGGUAACUCCAGUUCUUGUUGCACAGACACAAAGCUCUGGCCCGCAAACGAGUACAACACCUCAGGUAUUGAGCCCCACUAUCACAUCUCCCCCAAAUGCACUGCCUCGAAGAAGUUCACGACUUUUUACUAGUGACAGCUCUACAACCAAGGAGAAUAGCAAAAAAUUAAAAAUGAAGUUUCCACCUAAAAUCCCAAAUAGAAAAACAAAAAGUAAAACUAAUAAAGGAGGAAUAACUCAACCUAACAUAAAUGAUAGCCUGGAAAUCACAAAAUUAGAUUCUUCAAUCAUUUCAGAAGGAAAAAUCUCUACAAUUACACCUCAGAUCCAGGCAUUUAAUCUACAGAAAGCAGCAGCAGAAGGUUUGAUGAGCCUUCUUCGUGAAAUGGGGAAAGGUUAUUUAGCUUUGUGUUCAUACAACUGCAAAGAAGCUAUUAAUAUCUUGAGCCACCUACCUUCUCACCACUACAAUACUGGUUGGGUGCUGUGCCAAAUUGGAAGGGCCUAUUUCGAACUUUCAGAGUACAUGCAAGCUGAAAGAAUAUUCUCAGAAGUUAGGAGAAUUGAAAAUUACAGAGUCGAAGGCAUGGAGAUCUACUCUACAACACUUUGGCAUCUUCAAAAGGAUGUUGCUCUUUCAGUUCUUUCAAAAGACUUAACAGAUAUGGAUAAAAAUUCACCAGAGGCCUGGUGUGCUGCAGGGAACUGUUUCAGUUUGCAGCGGGAACAUGAUAUUGCAAUUAAAUUCUUCCAGAGAGCUAUCCAGGUUGAUCCAAAUUAUGCUUAUGCCUAUACUCUAUUAGGGCAUGAGUUUGUGUUAACUGAAGAAUUAGACAAAGCAUUAGCUUGUUUUCGAAAUGCUAUCAGAGUCAAUCCUAGACAUUAUAAUGCAUGGUAUGGUUUAGGAAUGAUUUAUUACAAGCAAGAAAAAUUCAGCCUUGCAGAAAUGCAUUUCCAGAAAGCACUUGACAUCAACCCUCAAAGUUCAGUUUUGCUUUGCCACAUUGGAGUAGUUCAGCAUGCACUGAAAAAAUCUGAGAAGGCUUUGGAUACCCUAAACAAAGCCAUUGUUAUUGAUCCUAAGAAUCCUCUAUGCAAAUUUCACAGAGCCUCAGUUUUAUUUGCAAAUGAAAAGUAUAAGUCUGCUUUACAAGAACUUGAAGAAUUGAAACAAAUUGUUCCCAAAGAAUCCCUCGUUUACUUCUUAAUAGGAAAGGUUUACAAGAAGUUAGGUCAAACGCACCUCGCCCUGAUGAAUUUCUCUUGGGCUAUGGAUUUAGAUCCUAAAGGAGCCAAUAACCAGAUUAAAGAGGCAAUUGAUAAACGCUACCUUCCAGAUGAUGAGGAGCCAAUAACCCAAGAAGAACAGAUUAUGGGAACAGAUGAAUCCCAGGAGAGCAGCAUGACCGAUGCGGAUGACACACAGCUUCAUGCAGCUGAAAGUGAUGAAUUUUAACUUCUGGAAAUGAGACCUUUGCAACUGGAUGUGUGACUUGUGCUGACCUGUUUCUUGUCCUUCCAUAUACUGAGUCUUCACUCUUGAGCCAGCAGUGUCAUCAUCCAUCACUUAUAUCCUGAGUGUGCCACUUUCAUUGGACCCUGACUGUACACAGAAUGAAAGGCAGUGCAAUAUUUAGCUGCUAACAAGACUGGCUCUUUCACCAGUAUGAAUGACAGUUUAGAGGGGAUAGGGUGGGAAACUUUCUUUUUCUUUCUUUUUUUUUUUCUUUAAUCUCCCUUUGUUGGAAAGCUAUCAUGGAAGGAAGAGUUAUGUUUUAUCCUGAAGGAACCAUUAGAUAUGGAAAAUAGUGAUGAACCAGAAUCUCUUGGUCGUUUUUCCAAAAAUUUGUUUUUACUUGGUUCUGUUCCUGAUAAACAAAGUGACUGACCUUCAUUUCUAGGUUCUUCAAGAAUGGUGUUAGCAAGUGCCAGAUGGAACAAUAAAAGACAUUGCCUAUAACAGAGUAACCUGAUUGCCAAGGAAUGUAAAUUACCUUAAACUUCAGUGUCUCCCAUAAACAAAUAUAAUGAGCAUACAGGGACUCAUAUGUAGGAAUCAAUAUCCCUCCAUACAGUGUACACUUAUUCUUGGCAAGAAUACUUUAAUGUCUAACCAAGAAUUUUAAUUUAUUCAUCUUGCCUCAAAGUGUUGAUCAUUGUUAUCUUGGUAUUACAAACUUUAAAAUUGAUCCUUAACAUUUUUCCUCUUCUCUUUGAGCUCUGUGGGAUCACCUUUAACAUUCAGAGAUAAUUGAGGGGUUGCCCACUGAAAAGCCAAAACAAGGCUCUUAAUAACAAUAUAAGUUUACCAGAAGAAUCAAAAUGAGAACACUAUAUGGAAAGACUUUAAGAGAUCAUGAUAGUGAAAGCCUUAAUACAAUCAGAAUCCUACCAUAACCUUGAAUUUAUAUUUGUUCAAGACAGGUAUCCCUUUGACUUUCCUUAAGUGUUUAAGCAAGGUGCAAGAAAGUGUGGUUACCUUUGGUGAGGUCAUUUCCAUUCUUUUCUGCUCUCUGCUUCAGAUUAUUUCCAGUAGUGUGAGUCACCAAAACAUGUACUGGGAGUGAUUGGGUUUAGAAUAUUAGAAAUGUUUAGCUGCAAAAAUAAAAACAAAAAACCACCUACUCUUAUGAAGGAGACAAGUUCUCUCUUGAGUUUAUCAUAAUAUAGAUUGAUGUCUUUGGGGAAUGACCACAAUUUUAAAGAUCUAAUUAUGCAUAAUAAAAUGGGAAUUAUUGGAAUUUCACAGUAAUUGAUUUAAAGUUUUAAAUUGUGUAUCUCCUUUAUUGUAAUGUUUGAAAUUUUUAGAGAAACUUUAGUUGUUAACAUUUUAUUAAGUGCCAAUGUCAGAAUAUAACAAAUUUAUAGUUUCUUACAAAUGACAGGCCUACAGUUAUUGUUGUGGAUUAUUUGAUGAAGGACGAACUUAAUCUACUGGUUACCUGUAUUUUGUUAGUCAAGCUGUGAAAAUAAGGUGGAUUACAGAAGAUGUGGAGAAAUUUUAGCCCGUAGUCUCAGUAAUUUUCUAUCAUUUACUAUUAAUCUGCUUAUUUGAAUAUGGAUUAAUUGCAUUAUAAACUAAUUCAAGUCAGAGUGUUAGGUUGGGUAUUGGGGUGCCAGAGAGGUAUUUAACAAAAUUUCCUACCUAAAUCUGUUUAUGUGCUGCCUAAAAAAAUAAUUUAUAAGAAAAAGGACUAAACAAAAAAAAAAAAAAAGAAAAA